GAUAAUCAGGUAAUUGUACGAUAAAUCAUUUUAACACUAAAGACAAGCACAUAUUCCUGCUCUUUAAGUUCACUACGUUUGUAGUGUGUGCGACUUUAACAUUAUUACCUAAAUUUAGCGCUGCACGGCCAUUUUUCCUGUUUGCGUUAGCCUAUUCAUUUCCUGAAUGAAGCUAACUUCAGCUAGCACGCAGCUGCUACAGCAUUUGUGGGUUUGAUGCUAACUGACAACGACUGCACGGCAGGACUUGACCUCUUUUUUUAGUUCAGAUCAUGGAGUUUGCAGAGCUGAUAAAGACGCCCAGGGUGGAUGGGGUUGUCCUGCAUCGACCUUUCAUGCCCAUUGUGGAGGGGACUUUGUGUUUGACUGGACAUCACCUGAUCCUCUCCUCCAGACAGGACAACACAGAAGAGCUGUGGCUGCUUCAUUCAAACAUUGACUCAAUAGAGAAAAGAUUUGUGGGCUCUGUGGGAAGCAUCAUAGUCAAAUGCAAAGACCUGAGGGUGAUCCAGCUGGACAUCCCUGGUAUGGAGGAGUGUCUCAACAUUGCCAGCUCUAUUGAGGCUCUAUCCACACUUGAUUCAGUCUCCCUGAUGUACCCUUUCUUCUACCGGCCCAUGUUUGAAGUCAUAGAAGAUGGAUGGAAUUCUUUCCGUCCAGAGGAUGCAUUUAAAGACUUGGAGUCCAUGACAGAUGAGUGGAGGCUGAGUGAAGUCAACAAGGACUUCAGCGUGUGUCCUUCAUACCCUCCUCUGGUGGCAGUGCCCAAAGAUGUUGAUGACGACACACUGAGGAAAGUAGCCACCUUCCGUCACAGUGGCCGUUUCCCAGUGCUUAGCUAUUACCACAAGAAGAACGGCAUGGUGAUGAUGCGAUCAGGCCAGCCUCUCACAGGCACCAACGGGCGGCGGUGUAAGGAAGAUGAGAAGUUGAUCAAUGCCACACUGCGGCCAGGCAAACGCGGCUACAUCAUCGACACACGCACCAUCAAUGUGGCCCAGCAGGCCAAAGCUCGGGGAGGAGGAUUUGAGUCUGAAGCUAACUAUCCACAGUGGAGGAGGAUUCACAAGGCCAUAGAAAGGUCCAAUGUCCUCCAGGAGAGCCUGAUUAAGCUGGUGGAGGCGUGUAACGACCAGUCCCACAAUAUGGACCGCUGGUUGAGCAAACUCGAAGCUUCCAGCUGGCAGACUCAUGUCAAGGAGAUCCUCACCACUGCCUGCCUGGCUGCCCAGUGCAUCGACAGGGAGGGAGCAUCAGUGCUUGUUCAUGGUACAGAAGGGACAGACACCACCCUGCAGGUGACCUCCUUGGCUCAGAUCAUCCUUGAUCCAGCCUGCAGGACCAUCAGAGGCUUCCAGGGCCUGGUGGAGCGAGAGUGGCUCCAGGCGGGUCACCCGUUCCAGCAGCGCUGCGCCCUGUCAGCCUACUCCAACAGCAAGCCUCGCCAAGAGUCUCCUGGCUUCCUACUCUUCUUGGACUGUGUGUGGCAGAUUAUUCGCCAAUUUCCAUGCUCCUUUGAAUUCAGUGAGACCUUCUUGGUGCUUCUCUUUGAGCACGCCUAUGCCUCUCAGUUUGGUACUUUCCUGGGCAACAGCGCAGCUGAGAGAGCCAAACUGUCUCUGCCUGAAAAGACUGUGUCCCUGUGGUCAUGGGUGAAUCGGCCCCAGGAGCUGGAGCGACUGACCAACCCGCUCUAUGAGGCCAACAGUCUCGUGAUCUGGCCCUCUGUGGCCCCUCAGAGUCUGCUGCUGUGGGAGGGAGUGUUCCUUCGCUGGAACCGCUCCUCCAAGUGUUUGGAUGAGGCCUACGAGGAAAUGGUUCAUAUAAUUGAGUACAACAAGGAGCUUCAGAACAAAGUAAACAGCCUACGCAGGCAGCUGGCCCAGCUGGAAACUGAAGAUCCUCUACUUCAAACGCCAUAGAAAGAGCUGGAAGAAAAAGGUAGAGAAUGUGGAAAAUGACUAAAUACAAAAGCAGUUCUAUGUCAUCCUGGUUUUAGGUUUAAGUUCUUAUCAAACAUUUGAGAAUAUGUAGUCUAAAUGAUUCUAAUUUGAUUUUGAACAUGAUUGUUACUGCAUGUUUGUUGGAAUUGGCAAAAUCAAUCUCUCUUUGAAUUUGUCAGCUUCAAUGCAGUUACUCGUUACACAGCGUACAUGACUGAAUGGACUCAAAGAGUGCCACAAAGCUUUACAUCUAUGAAGAACUCACAUUUUCCACUUAUAUUGCCAUAUUGUCUCAUUCAAACUAAGGAAUAAGAGGGAAACAUUCAGAAACAGAAACAAAUGCCAGUUAUUUCUCAAAGCGCUGCUAAAAGCCAAACAUCCUUCAUGUAGUACUCCAAUAUUAGCAUGCAUGCAAACCUGUAGACACAGAAAAAAAGACAGUUUUCAGUUUCAGUAAAUUAUACUUUGGCUUGUCAGCUCAUUUCACAGUCGCUAAUAUAGUCAAAUCCCCACGUCUCACACUCACUGACUCUCAUUUGCAUGCACAAACUAAUUUUUAAAUAAUACUACAUGUUUAGACUCCAAUGUACUGUAUUUGUGGGCAUUGAUCGUGGUCAGGAGUGGAUAUCGGAGCGUUUGGAGGACGGUCAGAUGUACACUUACUUCUGAGUAACAUUCCUAUCACAUCCUACUGAAUGUAUAUGCCACUGAAAAGCACUGCAUAGUAACUAUGGCAACAUAUAGGGUGCUACAAGACAGCAUGUGACUUUGCUGCAUGAUGAGGUGAUAUAAUAAGCGUAGGCAGGGUCAGCACCUAAUGUACUAUACAAAGACAGGGGAGGCUUGUUUAAUAUGAAUUUGACCAAAAUAUCCUGGUUCUCGUAUGUUAAUCUCAUUACUUUCCAUUACCAGUACGUACCAUGACCAGAGUUAUGAAUAAAUUAGACAGAAGAUGUAUCUAAUACAACCAUAUAAAACAGUAAUGUCCAUCAGCUUGCCUGGUUUUGUUUGGUCAAUAUUCUUUCCGAAUCUCAUUGCGCACAAUAGUAAAAAAGUAUAUAUAUUUGAGAGUAUGAAGCAGGAAAAAAAAGAGUAAAAGUGGUUGCUAUGGUUAUGUCGGCCAUGUUGGCCAUUGGUUUAUUAAUGAGACUUUAAAGAGUUGGCCACAAGAAGGUUUUGUCUGCUUAUAAGUGAAAACAUGAUCGCUUUAUAAACUAGUUUAUAUUUUGGGAAUUAAAAUUCUGUAAUUGUUGCAUUCAAGGACAUUAUUGAACAAACAGCAUUUCUAUUCUUUUAUAGUUUAAGAUCUAAAUCUAAUGCACUUUGUGUGAAAGGCAUUUCAGUUACUUUAUGUGUAUAUAUGUGUGUGAAGCCAUACUAUACUACAAUGUCAAAAAAUGUCCUCUUGUAAUUAUAAUUCUUUUAAUUAAAUUUUUUUUCUUGUUAGUGCAAAAUAUUAGAUGAUAAUUGUAUUCCUAUUAAUUGUGAAAAUAUGCCAAUAUAUCCAAUUCACAUAAACUGAAACAUAAUUAUCAGCAUCCAUCUCACAGACCUGGAAACAGUGAAGUUAUAAAAACAUGCGUCAGGUAUUUCUAAGUUUUUAAUUACGCCGUCAUUAAAGCAGUUAGACAUGUUUAAAACAACUUGACGUAACUGCUCUUGGCCACAGUGACACUAAAGCUCAUAUUUUAACUGCUUACAGCCACAUCGAGAAAGCUUUAUGCUGCAUGGAAAAUACAGAAAAGUGACCUUUUUGUUGUUGGUAGAAUUCAAUCUACAAUGUUCUGCUUAGGCUUUCUAACACUUUCUACAAUACAUCUGAUUGUCUCCAUAUUGUCUUAACAUGCUUCAUCUAUUUUGCUUUGAGAAUGAUGUAAUAAUCACACUAAACUGAACUGAUUCCAGCCACUACUUUAAUCUGCUUGAUAAAGGGAAAGUUUACAUGUAUAUUUCAUGUGUGCACUAUAUACACAUAGUUUCCUUCAGCAAGAAAGGCUUAAUUUGUUGCUUAGUGUGUGCAUGAAUGGAGCACAGUUUAAUUAAGGUCCUGGUGUCAUUGUACACAUGUCCUAUGCUCGCAUUACGCAGAAUAUCCUCUAUGCUUUGUCAAAGUCAACAAAACUCUAAAAGAUUAUCAGCGCUGUGGACUGAUAAUCAUUUUGUUUGUUUGUUGUUGUUCUACUUAUCAGCUAUGUGCAAUGCCUUACUGCAGAACUGGUAUUCAAAAUGAAAAAGAUUUAAGUACUUUAAUCACUGCUGAUCAGAUAUUUGUAAAAAUCAAUAAUUGUUGAAAAGCUUACAAGCCAUUAAAAAUUACAGCACAAGAUAUGUUUGAUCAUGUAAUUAUUUCAAGGGUUUCUGUUCUCACAGCAAGAGUUUC